AUGUCGCUGCUAACAUGUUAUCAAGGUCUUCAAUGUCAUUCAGCAAUUUGUCUCGAUUGGCGACAGAUUUGUGAUGGUAAUUUGAAUUGUGAAAAUGGAGAAGAUGAGCCGAACGAGUGUCUACUCCUGGAAAUAAACGAGUGUCAGGGAGAUGAAUAUCGGUGUCGAACUGGACUAUGUAUUCCACAAGCAUUUUUAAUCGAUUUUAGCUAUGAUUGCACGGAUUUCAGUGACGAAUCCAAAACGUAUCGUGAGUGGACAGAUCAAUUAUCUUGCUACUCAAAACCAGAUCUUGCCUGCGACUCUUAUUUGUGUUCUUCAUGUGAAUUACCGUGCGGUGAUGAGCAAUAUACGUCUGGGGAGUUGAAGAUUUCGUGUAAUAAUGGUCGUGAUCUGUAUUUUCGACAAGCUCUUCUUUCUCGUUUUUCGGCUGACAAAAACAAUUCAAAUGAUAUUGGUUUCGAAUGUUGGUUUCUUAUGUUAUGUUCAACUGGUAAAAAGAAUAUAAAUUUUUUUGGGUAUGAUGAAAAAGAAUGUCAAUGUGUUUCAGCAACUAUGGAAGCGAAAAAAUGUAGAACUUAUUUUCAAAAACAUUGUCCUAGGUCGUUUCAAUUUCAAGCGCUCACAAAUGUUCUCUAUCCGUUCACUCGCUUUCUUUAUUACAAUAUACCGACAUAUUCUUCUAAAUGGUGGGAACCAACGCAUAUUUGUUUUAAUCAAGAUUAUUGUUCGUUCUUUUCAUCUAAUGGAUUGCCGCUAAUUGAUGGUUAUUUGUGUAUUAAAGCAGAGCGUAUCGAAAAAUCGAUUUGGACACUGCAGAGUAUUUUUUCAGCUUGUCAUACAAUUCCCAUGUCGAUGUUGAUUAGUAACGAGCAAUUAUAUUACUGUAAUCAAUCGAUAAAGUACAUUUCUAAACAUCGCCUGGAAGACGAUAUUGUGGAUUGCUUUUUUUCAGAAGAUGAGCAAAACGAUAGAAACUCGAUGAUUAUAUCAGCUCUUAAUUCCGCCAAUCGUUUCAAAUGUGCCACAACCGGUGAAUGGAUUCCACGUCCUCUACUCGUUGACACCUCCUGUGAGGAUCAUUCGAAUAAACUAUUUAUUGGUGAUUGCAACACACCGUCUGAUCUUGGUUGUCAGUUCUAUCGUGGUGUUUAUUUACCGCUUAUUUACUAUGUAUUUCGAGAAAAUUGUAAUCGUCAUAUACAGUUAUAUUAUGCAAUCGAAGAGCAAAUGGAUGAAAUGAAUUGUGAUGAAAAACCAAUACGUCAAUGUGAUGGGUAUUGGGAUGCUACCAACGGAGAAGAUGAACUUAACUGUCCAAACACAGUCUCAUACUACAUCAGACGAACAAGUUUGAAAUGUGGUGAGAACGAUCAUUAUUGCAUGGACAUGGAUGGCAUAAUGGGUUGUUUGCCAAAGGAACGUGCAGGAGAUAAGAUUAUCGAUUGUUUGGGAGCGACAGAUGAAAGGGGAAACAUUUACAAUUUUCCAACUAAGUCUUCCCAAUUUUUUUGCUCAGCUUAUAAUGGUGAUGAUCCUAAAAGUAUAAAAAUACAACAGACCUGUAAUAAAAAAGUUGAUUGUCACUAUUAUGAUGACGAAGUGAUUUGUCCAUGGAUAUACGAUGCUGAAUACAAGGGUUCCGAUUUCAUCUGCAAGAAUGGAACAUUUAUUCGAUGGAAUUAUAGAUGCAAUGACAUCAUCAACUGUAUACCAGAUGGUGAAGACGAAUGGUUCUGUGAUCUUGAAAAUUUGCCGUCACUAAAGUUUGCUCUGUAUAGAGUAGAAGAAUAUCCUUCUAUAGAUACUGUUCUACUGCCUAUGGCGAAUGUGUCUACUUAUCAUCUGUCGAUAAAAUCACUUGUUGAUGACUUUGAAUCCGUCAGUGCUAAACCAGUUGAUGAUUGGUUUUGCAAUCGUGGUAUUAUAGUUACAAGACGACCGUCCAAAAUUGAAUGUUUUUGCCCGCCUAGCUAUUAUGGUUCGAGAUGUGAAUACCAGUCAGAGCGUAUAUUAAUAACCAUCCGAAUGGACAUAACCGCUCGCUUAAGUAGACAUCAGAAUCAGCAAAGUGUCAUUGUAUUGGUAGCUCGUUUAAUUCUCGAUGAUACAGUCCUUCAUCAUGAGAAACUCCUACACCUCCAUUUGAUGAAACAUGUUUUUUACCUAAAUUACCCACGACCACCACCAAAAAAGCGUGGUAAUUGGUCUGUUCGUCUUGAUGUAUUUUCAGCUACUAUGUAUAAUGUGGCAUUCAGAACAGCAUGGUUGUUUGAUGUCCCAUUUUCUUUUCUGCCCGUCAAUCGACUUGCCUUGCAUCUUACAUUGAAAGAUCAAGACACUUGUAACAAACCUUUCUGCGUGCAUGGUAGCUGUAGAAAAUAUUUGAAUUCACCAAAUCAUGAAUAUUGUCAGUGUGAUGACAAUUGGUCAGGUACUCACUGUAAUGUUUCAACAAUAUGUUUAUGUGGUGGCGGUGGGAAAUGUGUCGAUGGACAUUCGUCAUCAAUAUGUGUCUGUCCGCUUGGUCGUAUGGGCAAAGAAUGUCAGGCGUACUUCAAUCCCUGUAGAGAUGUGAAAUGCGAAAAUGGUGGAACAUGUCUUCCAUUAGACGAACGACAAUCCAUAAAAAUUAAACGACAAAUCACCUGGCAUUUUGUUUGUUCAAAAUCGUCAGCUAUACAAACAACUACAGCUAAACAAACCACUACGUAUUUAUAA